CCUUUUAGCUGUUUUGCCAGUUCGUCCUCAACGGAGGACAGCUGAGACUGGCUUCUAGGAGCAAGGGAGCUGGUCAGAAUCCUCUCCUUCCUCAGCUGUAUCCGCUUUUAAAGGCAGGCAAAGCUGCACUGGGCCUGACCAAGCUGGAGUUCCUGAAGGGGGGUCCAGCAUAGUUGCUUCCUCUCUCUUACCCUACAAACUGGAAAUAAAGAAUUCCUGUUCCUUCCAGUGCCAGUUAAAUGGGAGAAGGAAGAAAGGUAGCCCCUUAGGUGGAGUUCCCUGGUCCAGCAGAGGGAGAAAGGGCUGCUCGCCUCACUCCUGUGGUCCGAUGCAGCUUUUUACUAUCGGCAUUGCACCAACCACCCGCCCACCCUGUACACAAAGCCAGGCCCUCAGAGCAGGGAAUGACAGCAGAGUCCAGGGUAGAACGGAUUCGAGCAAGCACUGUUAGGAAAUGGAUCCAUGUGUUGAGAAGUCUGGGUUACUUUAGGAGGGAGAACUUAAUGGAAAAGACUUCCAUGCGAUCUGCUAAGCGGAACUAAGGCAUUCACAAGGAUGGUGGGAGGUUCGCUUAAAGGGAAAACUCGGCCUAAAAUACUUUGACCUAAAGUUGUUUCACGCACUUUUGUAUGAAGAGCUACUUUAUCCAUCCUGAGUGUUUUGGAAAUACAGGCUAGAUACAAUAGGACACAUUAGAAAAAGGUAAAGCAAGUAAAUUUAAAACAUGACACAGAAGAAACCAGAAAGGUAAGCUACUGAAGGUAAAUGUUUUAGGAACAACUUGGGAUAAAAGCAGAGCCCAUAGGAGGUCCGGGACACCCCUCUGCCUGGUGGAGGGCAGCAGGGUUUGAAGGCAGAUCAGCCCAGCCUGGAAAAGCCAUCACCACUGAGUAAAAGCAGGAGAGGCAUUAUCCGUGUCUGCUCACAGCUCAGGAAACAGAAAUGUCACCCUGAGCUCUUUCCACAACAGGCUUCUUCCUACUAAGAGUGGGGCAAAACUCCGAUGUUCAGUAGGAGAGAAGAGCAGAUCCUAUUUACAGUCAGAGUCCCUCCGUGCGCAGAGCUGCAAGCCCGGACAGAGGUGGUCUGGCUAGCCACCUAGAAUGAAAUGCCUCGGGAAAAGCCAAACGAGCUCACUGCUGAACACCAUUGUCAGCUAAAAGGAAAAGAAAUCCCUUUUAAGGAAACUAUUUAACUUCAAUAGGCUGCUUUUCUGCCAGGAUUUCCAAUUCCUCUGAACAUAAGCCGAGACACAGACUGCUGCACGUAUGUCUGAUACUGCCCCCCCUCCCCCCAGCUCCAGCACCAGUUGUUAGCCCAAAAUAAACCCCAUUCCACAACCAUAUAUGUCCACGGGCCCAGAGCUGGGGAGGAGCAGGAGGUAGGUCAGGUCCCUGGGCCCCAGCCACACGCCGUGGCUGCUGCACACCAUGCACAUCACCCAGCUCAACCGAGAAUGCCUGCUGCACCUCUUCUCCUUCCUGGACAAGGACAGCAGGAAGAACCUCGCCAGGACCUGCCCCCAGCUCCAGGACGUGUUUGAGGACCCCGCGCUCUGGCCCCUGUUGCACUUUCGCUCCCUCGCAGAACUCAAGAAGGACAACUUCCUCCUGAGCCCGAUGCUCAGGAACCUCUCCAUCUGCUGGCACUCCAGCCGCGUGCAGGUGUGCAGCAUUGAGGACUGGCUCAAGAGCGCCUUCCAGAGGACCAUCUGCAGCCGGCAUGAGAGCCUGGUCAAUGAUUUCCUCCUCCAGGUGUGCGACAGGUGCCCCAACUUGGCGUCCGUCACGCUGUCCGGCUGCGGCCACGUCACCGAAGACUGCCUGGCGCGGCUGCUGCGCUGCUGCCCGCGCCUCCUUAGGUUUUUACCUGUUGGACUUGUUGAACGUGGGCACAUGCCUGGUCUUCGAUUUCAGGGUUUUGUUCACUUAGAUCCCCACCUUUUUCCACCAAAUUAA